AUGGAGAAAGUGGAGAGUAAUUCGGAUAGGAAAGAAGGAGGAGGUUUGGGUUUGGAUUUUGGUUUUUUUGAAGAUAAGAAUGUUGUUACAUUAAUAGAUAAAAGUGGAGAAGAGUAUAAAACUGCGUUUGUGGUGUUUUUUUUGGCUGCAAAAAAGAACAAGAAUUUCUUCUUCUUUUUUCAUCCUAAAGAAGAAGGGGUCAAAGAAUUUAGACUACAAAAAUCCAGAACAUCAAAUGAAUUUGUUGUUCUUCUUGCUACAAAUAUGCUACAUCUUAAGUUUGAAAGAAAAUUUGAAGACAUAAAACUUACAGCUUUCAAACGUUUCUAUUUGUUUUGUAUCGAUCGGAGGACUGCUGAACUCGACUUCAUUAACAGAAGUUUCGAAAUGGAUAGAGAUUGGAUGAGUGCGAAUAGGUUAACGGUAAAAUAUAGGGAAGGUGUUGAUUUCUUUUUGGAGUUUUCUGCAAAGAAUGCGGAUAAUCCUGAUUUGGUUCAUUGCCCAUGUCUCAAAUGUGGUAACAUGGAGCGUAUGAAAAUUGCCCAAAUAAGAGAACAUUUGUUUAAGAACGGUAUAGACAGGAGUUAUAAGGUUUGGUAUCACCACGGAGAAAAAAUUAGAAGAUCGGGCGAGGGACCCUCUAGAAAGGAUAAUAUUAUUAAUAAUGUGGAGUAUGAAGAUGAUCACAUCGCAGAGAUGAUUAACGAAGCAGAGUUUGAAUCUCAAGUUCGUCCUGAAACAUUUCAAACUAUGUUAGAAGAUGCUGAAAAGCCGAUUUACCCUAAUUGUACUAGGUUUACUAAAUUAUCGAUGCUUAUUAGGCUAUACAAUUUGAAAGCAAAACACGGGUGGAGUGAUAAGAGUUUGACAGAGUUACUAGCUUUCUUAGGAGAAUUAUUACCCGAAGGUAAUGAGGUGCCUUUGUCUUUCUAUGAGGCAAAAAAGACAUUGUGUUCGUUAGGCUUGCAAUAUGAAAAGAUACAUGCAUGUCCUAACGAUUGCAUCCUAUAUCGAAAGAGAUUUGUGGAUGAGGUAUCAUGUCCAACGUGCGGUGAGUCCAGGUGGCAAAAGAAAAAGAAUUCUAAUGAGGUAAAGAAGGGUGUUCCUGCAAAAUUAUUAUGGUACUUACCACCCAUACCUCGUUUGGUUCGGUUUUUUCGAAAUGACGACCAUGGUAAAAAUUUGACUUGGCAUGCCAGUGAUAGAGUGAAAGAUGGUAUGAUGAGACAUCCAGCUGACUCUCCCGCUUGGAAAACAAUUGAUGCUAGAUGGCCUGAUUUUGCCAAUGAGCCUAGGAAUAUCCGUCUUGGUCUCUCUGCAGACGGUAUCAAUCCACAUACUUCCCUUAGCAGUAAGUAUAGUUGUUGGCCAAUCUUGCUUGUGAUAUAUAAUUUGCCGCCGUGGCUUGUUAUGAAGAGAAAGUUCACUAUGUUGACAUUGAUGAUAUCAGGCCCUUCACAACCUGGCAAUGAUAUUGAUGUAUACUUAGCUCCUCUUAUUGAUGAUUUAAGUAAAUUGUGGUAUGACGGUGUUAAUGCAUAUGAUGCCUAUAGGAAUGAAGCAUUCAAUCUUAGGGCCAUGUUAUUGUGGACAAUCAAUGAUUUUCCUGCUUUCGGGAAUCUUUCUGGCUACAGUGUGAAAGGUUAUAAUGCAUGUCCUAUCUGUGAAGAGAAAACAUGCUCUCGCUAUUUAACACAUUCGAGAAAAAUUUGUUAUAUGGGACACCGAAAGUUUUUGCCACCCGAACAUGUAUUUCGGACCUGGAAAAAGGCAUUUGACGGUAAGCAAGAAUUUGAAAUGCCUCCCCCACCUUUAAGCGGAAGACAAUUGGUAGAAAAAUUGAAUAAAAUUCAAUUCAAUCUUGGAAAGCGAAAGUCAAAAUCGAAGAAAAGAAAAGGAGGUAAGGGUGUCACAAAUGAACCUCAGGGACCGUGGAAGAAAAAAUCAAUAUUUUUUGAGCUUGAGUAUUGGGAGCAUUUGGUUUUACGUCACAAUUUAGAUGUGAUGCAUAUUGAGAAAAAUGUCUCAGAUAGCUUAAUUAAUACCUUGUUUAAUAUUCCUGGUCGGAGUAAAGAUGGAAUUAAAUCCCGUCUAGAUUUGAAAGAGAUGGGGAUUAGAGGAAAUUUACAUCCAGAAAUUAUUGGUAAACGAACUUUUUUACCACCGGCGUGUUAUGCCCUGACUAAGGAAGAAAAACGAUCUUUCUGUACGUCAUUGUCUCACGUUAAAGUACCCGAAGGGUAUUCUUCAAAUAUCUCCAAUUUGGUAGAUAUGGAAAAAUUAAUUUUGUCCGGACUAAAGUUUCACGAUCAUCAUAUACUGAUGCAACAUAUUCUGCCGGUGAGUAUCCGUUCUGUUUUACCUAAGAAAGUUCGCUAUGCCAUCACCAGGUUAUGUUUAUUCUUUAAAUCUGUUUGUUGCAAAGUGGUAGAUGUGUCAAAGUUGGAAAAUCUCCGAUUAGAAAUUGUUGAAGUGUUGUGUUAUUUAGAACAAUUUUUUCCUCCAUCCUUUUUUGACAUAAUGAUCCACUUAACUGUUCAUCUGGGUUCAAUUGUUGAAUCCUACAUCGUUGAAGAGGCUGUAGAAUUUUGUUCAGACUUCUUGUCAAAUGUAGCAACUGUUGGGUCGUGUCUUCCUAGAUUUGAUAAUGAAAUUAGUAAAGGGGGUCGGGGUGUUUCUGUUUGCGACGUAAGUCGAGCUGAUCGAGAGGAAGCACACCGACUCGUUUUGCAAAAUGUUGAUGAGGUUCAACCGUACAUUGAGAAACAUUUUGAUUGGAUCAAGACUACUUAUCCUAGUAAGUCGAGGAACCACAAAUGGGUGCAAGAUGAACAUUAUCGAAAUUUUAGUACAUGGUUGAAAGAAAAGGUGAUUGUGGAAAUGAGUGACUCCCCGAACAAUGUAUCUCAGUUGCUACUUUCGAUAUCGCAUUUUCCUUCAUUUACUGUACUAAAGUAUCAAUCAUACUACAUAAAUAGUACUCAAUUUAACAUGAAAGAUCGUGAUGCUUCUAGAAAAACACAAAAUAGCGGUGUCAUGAUUGUUGCUAGUGCUAUCCAAGUAGCUAGUUCAAAAGACAAAAACCCUAUUGAAUGUGAUAUGACCUUUUAUGGUGUAAUCAAAGAAAUUUGGGAAUUAGAUUACAUUAGCUUUCGAAUCCCUGUUUUUCUUUGUGAUUGGGUGAGGAGUGAUAAUGGAGUUAAAGAAGAUGAGUUUAGAUUCAAGCUAGUGGACUUGAAUCGAGUAGGACACAAGUCUGAUCGAUUUAUAAUGGCAUCCCAGGCAAAACAAGUAUUUUAUAUGAGUGACCCAAUAGAUGGUCGCUGGUCAGUUGUUCUAACAACACAACCAAAAGAUUAUGAUUACCAAGAGUCUGGUGGAGAUUUAUAUCUCAAUGAUAAAACUUUUGAAAUCAAUCCACCACCAAUUGAUGUCGCCAUUCGGGACGAAAUCAUUUCUUCUCGGGAAGAUGGUGAAGGAUUAUGGAUUGAGUAAACUAUCAAUCUAUAAAUAUUGGUACAUUGACUAUGGAUGACCCCGGUGACUAUGAUGAUGAUUUUGCCCUUUGGGGACAAUCCAUUGGUGGUGAAUCUGAAUCUGAUCCAGCUGCACCAGAACUGGAACCUGACCCUGAUUCACAACCAAAGAAGAAAAAUGGUAGGGGGCAUAUAAGGGUCUGAAGCAUAUAAAGAAUAGGAGUGAAGGAAUACUUCUCGAAGUCGAGUACAACCAAUGGGGCCAGUGCAUUGGGGACACUGAAAAUGAACUGGUUAGCCAGAUUGGCUUGUAUGCAAGACGAAAUCUUCCACUGUCAUACAAUGAUUGGAGAAAAGUUCCAAUGGAAUUUAAAAAUCUAUUAUGGGAGUACAUCAAGGUAAUGCUAAUAGCUAAGAUUAAUUUGCAUAUGUAGUCGAAUAUUUUUUGCCCAUUCUAACUAUUAUUGCUAAUUUUUGCAGUCAAUGUUCAAGUUAGGCCCAGAAGCUAAGCAUUCUACCUUAAAAACUGUUGGACGAAGAUGGAAAGACUGGAAAGCAUUCC